GGUGUUCCCCCAUUAGCCGGCCCCUUCCUUCUCACCCACGAGCUCUCCGCUCGUUCUUCCUUCACCCCCAGGUGGAGCUCGAUACGUUCCAGUCACUCUCCCACAUGAAGGGCAACUCUGCCUCCUCGCCUCCCCGGCUUGACUUUCCCGAGGCGUCCGGAGCCGUGGGUGACAGCAUUCCAGCCAUGCCACCAUCCCGCCGCGUCUCCGUGAUCACAGGGAGACCACGGCCCGGGGCCGGGGCACCCGCAGGGGCUGUCACUGCGCUUGGAUUUCCUUCCUGUUCGGGGUGCCGAACCGUGUUGGACAGACGCAGGCCAGACCCCCGCGCCGCGCAGCGAGCUGCGACUCUGCGGCAUUGCCAGGAGCGGGGAGCAUCGCUACUGCGCGUUCUCUCAGCUGGUGUCUCGUGUUCCUGUGUCCCCAAGUCCCCGCGUCCCCAAAUCGCUGCGUCCCCAUGUCGCUGACACCCACUUGUCCCAGUGUCCACAUGGCCCCGUGUCCCCGUCUCCCCUUGCCCCUGUGUCCCCCCAUGUCAUCAUGGCCCCGCGCCCCAGAAUCUCCACGCCUCCUUGCCCCCUCCUCCUCCCGCCCCGUCUCUGCACUUCCCAUCACCGACGCCGGGGCUCCGGCUCCGCCCCAGGAGCUCCUCGGCCGCCGCUCCCCGUCCAGAGGCGCUCUCCUGCGGGACGCAGAGCGCGGCCGUCAGCCAGGUGAGCGGGAGCGGAGCGGAGCGGAGCCGGCGGCGUUGGGAGCGGGCGGGGAGCGGGACCCAGGCGGCCGCAGCACCGCGCCCAUGGCGGACCGAGCCCGGAGCCGCGCCUCCGCCGAGUCCCCCGCAGCGGCGGUCGGGCCGGGGAGGGAGGAGGACGGCGAGGAAAAGCGGCGCCGGGCGAGCGGACCCGACGGCCGCGAGCCGAAGCGAAGGGAAAGCGGAGGGAGAGCCGAGAGCGCCGGGCGCCGGGAAGGGGACGAGCGCCGGGAAGGGGACGAGCGCGGGCGGACGGCGGAAAAGCGAGGGGACCCGCGGGACGGCGCGCCCGCGGGCGGAGGUGAGCGCGCCCCCGAGCCGGGACCCACGGGCUUCGGAGCCCCGCGGGCGGCCGCGGCCCCACACCCGUACGGCCACCGGCACCGUCCCACGCGGGCGGCCCCGUUGGACACCGGAGCGGCGGCCGAGCGGCCGGACCCGACCCACAGGCGCGCGUCGGGCAGCGCUGUGCAGGGGAGCCGGGGAACGGGGGUUAGAGUAAGGGAUAGAGUUAGGGAUAGGGUUAGGGAUAGGGUUAGGGUUGGGGAUAGGAAUAGGGAUAGGAAUAGGGUUAGGGAUAGGGAUAGGGUUAGGACGGGGUUCCCUGUGCCCUCUCAGCUCCGGGGGUCAGCGUCCCCAGUUCCCCCACUCUCCAGGGUCGGGGUCCCCAGUGCCCUCACUCCCCAUCAGGAGGCGUUCCUGCGGUGUUCUCUACUCGCGGCCAUAGAAUCAUGGGGUCGCUGAAUCCUUCAGGUUGGGAAACACCCCCGAGGUCACCGCGUCCGACUGUCCACCUCCCACCAGUAGCGCCCGCUGCCCGCGUCCUCCGGUGCCACAUCCCCGCGGUCGGGGAACACCUCCGGGGACAGUGACCCCCGCUCCCCGGGCAGCCCGAGCCACCGCCCGGCCGAUCUCCAGGAGGAGAAGUCGUCCCUCCGUCCAACCCGCGUCCCCUUGUCCCCGCAGGCGGCGGAGCGGGCAGGCGGUCGGAGCUGCGCAUCGUGCUGCUGGG